GAUGCGAUAUUCUGACAACAAGAUAUACAGAGAUAUAGGUUCGCUCUCAAACAGUUUGAGUUUGACAAGAUUGACCACUUCCACAACGAGGCCCGCAUGUUCGACCACCUAAGGGACAAAGAUGGCAUGAUUCAAUACAUCGGGUGGUACCAGAGCCUCGAGACUGAUAACGAAGGGGCACAACGAGAGUAUCAUUACAUCAUUCUGGAACUCGGAGAUUCGAAUCUUUACACUGCCAUCCGCACGCUGGAGCCUCCCGUAUCCCCAAAGGAGAUCUUAGGGUUUUGGACCGCAAUGUCUGGAAUAUCGGAAGCACUCGCCUCUAUUUACAAACUAAAGCUGGGCGGUGUAAACUAUUAUACGUGGCACGCAGACAUUAAACCUGAGAACAUACUUCGUGUCGACAGCCGGUACAAGUUAGCAGACCCAGGAGAAGCCUAUAUUCAAUUGUCUAAUGGCGAAAAUCGGCGACAAUCGGCCAGAGUGACUGGGGGUACAAGAACUUAUGGUGCCCCGGAGAAAGCGGCGUAUCUCGAUGGCAGGAGUCUGCAAGAGCCUUUGAUAACACAGACAAGCGAUGUAUGGUCACUAGGCUGCGUGUUCUCCAUCGCAGCCACCUACGUCGUAUUAGGACCUCAAGGCGUCUUGAUCUACGACAGAAUUCGCAGAGCGGGUAUUCUUGAAAAGACUGGAGAUGUGAGCGAUACCUUUCAUCACGAUGACAAAGUCCUUUCCGAAGUGACGGAGUGGCACAGGUACCUUCGAGCGGUUGCAAGAAAGACUGAUGCAUAUACCGCCGACGUAUUGGAUAUGGUGGACCAAUACAUGCUAGUCGCAGCCCCUGACAAAAGGUUCACGGCCGUACAAGUCCGCGACUGGUUCAAGAGACGAUUGGAGCAGUCUCUUAUUCCCACUCGAGAGGUUCCGAGCAGGAUUGAAGAUCUGCUUCAAGACAUCGAGCUCGAGGUAGAGCUUGAUUAUGAGCAGCACUCCGGCAUCAAACGACUUGAUUCUAAUAUGGUGCCAAAACGACCAGCAUCGAGGAAUGCCCAAGCAUCAACGGAGCCCGACUUCAAAAGCCAAAAAGAACUUCUCGACCAAGGCAUUCGACCAACAGCUCAUAGAUCCGCAAGAGACAGUCCACCUAAGCCACCGACUCUGACCAUAGAUGUGACUUCUGAUCGGACUUCUUGGACGCCAAAGUAUCCAGUCGCCCAUGAUAGCCAUGCAUAUCAUGCGGGAAGUUUCGGGGGACAACACUUGCACACGCAAUCAGUGGUCGGCCAUGACACAAGUCAAACACCAAUUCCUAGGGCUCCUGUUACCAUGUGGAAAGUCAUGGGCGUCCUUGAAGAGCAUGGCCAUGGUAGGAGUCGUAGCCUCGUCAAAUUCGGAUCAUUUGGACGGAAGAAAAAGAUGUCUGUGAAAGGAAAAGCAGCAUGGAAGACUGCUAGUCUUACAGAGCAUCUGAAUGAACGACUGGAAAAGGAGUUCGAGAACAGGGACAUUGUAUAUCUGGUUGACAACGGUACUUCCAUGAGAGAGCACUGGGAUCAAGCAACUUUCAUCUUGGGAGGACUGGUCUGGCGGUCCUUGGGCUAUGAUGAAAACGGAAUGGAGUUAUGCUUCACCAAUCCCGACACGAAUCCCGCAGCGCACAUCAGAGAGUCACCAAAACAAGAGGUUGAAACCUUCACAGAGGCAAUGAAACUCGCCAAGCCAUCAUCCAAUGACAAAAUGCCGGUGGAGACGAUGAUCGUCCCAGAGCUUGCCCGGAUCAUCAACGAUUAUUCGAGAGCGAUGAUUUCCAAGCGGCGUCCAAAGAAGAAGACCAUUAUUGUUUUGACCGAUGGGGUCUGGAAUGGCAUGCAUAUUCCGAACACGCUGGAUGAGCAUCUCAAAGCAGUGUUCCAACUCUUGCGAGACCUUCACAAGGAUCUCCCGCUCCGUAACAGCCCACAUAAUCAGGGCCAGGAAGACAUCGAAAAGAUUCGGCCAAUCACCAUACAGUUCGUGAGAUUCGGUACCAACGAACUUGGAAAGGAGAGACUCAGGCAUCUUGACGAUGACCUUACUAAUUAUGGUUGCCCUGAUCUCAUCGACACCGAACCUGCUGACGGUGAUGUCUACAAAAUGUUCUUGGGAAGCUUAUGCGAUGACAUUGAUCGCCAACAGUCGAUCGUCUAUGAGCCCGCUCUUACGAUGGUGACCAGCCCUAGCACCGUCAGCGAUAGCAUGCCCAUCGGGUUGAGCCGCGAGCCGACGCAGGAGAGAGAGCCCGCGCACCAUAGAGACUCCACACCGAUAUCACCAAAUCACCGGGUUUUAGAGGCGAGUCACUAUGGAGAACAGUUCUCGCCAACGAGCGGGAGGUUCCAAGAGACCUCAGUCACUUCCCCGCUAUCCUUGUAUCCUCAAGAAUUAUCGGCGCCACAGUACGAAACCCGUUCAAACCAGGAUCAUGUAUCUCCACUUCGUAUAUCCCUUCCCCAGCAUAGUACGAACCCUAAUUUUGCAAGGCAUGAUAAUCAACUCCAGCAGCGGUCGCCUAUGACUGCAGCUUCCUGGGGAAUGCGUACAGAGGCUGGUCAUGACCAGAGCUCAUCGCAUCCUCGUGCAGAAGCCCCAUAUGGAUAUAGGAACUCAUUUCACCCAAACUGAAGAUUCUGUAGAGAACGGAAAUCUCACAACGCUCCUCCAUUCUGAGUUGGUGGCUCAGGACGCAUGAAUGACUUUGCCUUUUGAACACAAGACAAUUGGUCAGCCUUAGUUCCGCAUAUCCCCCCCUUCCAUUGACUUAUCGGAGCGGCUGCACCAGUAGUUCAGUAUUCAUACCACGGCGUUUUGAUUUUCAAACUGCCCUCUAGGCGUUCUUCGGAAAGGUUUCUUCUAUUUGUACUUGAAAACAUUAUUACAUAUGAGUCCAGUUUCACUUGUGUUGAUUGUGUCGGAAUGGAGUUCAAAACUUAGAACCUCCCAUUGAAAAGGGAUACUUUCAUAAGCCGCGGUGCUUGGAGCUUUGGCGCUAGGGCAUCUUGUGACAUUUAUAUGCCAGUAAACGUAACUAUGAGUAUAUAGUACGAGGCCUUGAGGAUAUUGAAUCAAGGUUAAAUAUAUCCUCAGAUCCGUGUGGU